AUGAGAGCCCGGUUCACCAGGACACCGUUUCUCUGUCGCAUGGGCCGGACGACCCUGCAGGAGCGCAGCCGCGCCGCUCGAUGCUCCCCACAAAUGCCAAACACCGCCGCCUUUCCGCAGCCGCUGUCACCCGAGAGGGAAGGGGGCGUGGACUACAGCGGAGCAGCUGCGCCUUCAGUCCCGGCCGCCACCGCCGCCGCCGCUCACUGGUCCGGAGUGCUCAGGGUCCGACCAGAAAUCGCUUCCCGGUGUCCCGCCACUCGUCUCCCCCCCGGAAACGGCGGCACGUCCGUUUGGCGUUCCGCCGCCGGCGCCGCUCUUCUUCCGUCCGGAGCUGGUGGACGCGGCAUGGAGGGGACGGCGGCUGCCUCGGCGGCUGGGGACGGCUCGCACGCGGUGUCGGCCGAGGAGACCGCCAAGUGGAUGGAGGAGGCCAUGCGCAUGGCCAAAGAAGCCCUCAAAAAUACUGAAGUUCCUGUUGGCUGCCUCAUGGUUUACAACAAUGAAGUCGUGGGGAAAGGAAGAAAUGAAGUGAAUCAAACGAAAAAUGCUACUCGACAUGCAGAAAUGGUGGCCAUCGAUCAGGUCCUAGACUGGUGUCGUGAAAAUGACCUGCGACCUUCUGCAGUCUUCGAGCACACUGUGUUGUAUGUCACCGUGGAGCCAUGCAUCAUGUGUGCAGCGGCUCUCCGCCUGAUGAAAAUCCCGUUGGUCAUCUAUGGCUGUCAGAAUGAACGAUUCGGCGGCUGUGGCUCUGUUCUAGACAUUGCUUCUGCUGACUUACCAAACACGGGGAGACCGUUUCAGUGCAUUCCUGGAUAUCGGGCUGAGGAAGCCGUGGAACUGCUGAAGACCUUCUACAAACAGGAGAAUCCGAAUGGUCAGUUUCCCUACUGCACGAGCACCAAAAUCAAAAGUUCGGAAAAAGGAAUGUCAGAAACCUUGAACUUGUCUGAUGAAAGACCAAUGUCUCCAGUGACCCGGACGAAAUUCCUGGACUGAGCACUGUUGACAUGGAUGAAUCAUGUGUUUAUAUGUUGUUACUCUGUGGGUAAAUGGUGUCUCUCAUCAUUUGCUCUGUUAAGGGAACAAAUUAGCACUUCUUAAAAGUCUGACAAUUGUAAACAACUAUUAGCUUUUCCCCAGGCUGAAAGCACAUUUUCAGAAGGGGAAAAAGUAAGGUUUGAGGUUUCAGAAAUGAGAAACAGUGCGUGUCCUUCAGCCACAGCUGCGUGCUGGGUCCAGGCAAGUGCUGGCCUCUGGGGAAGGGGCGUCCAGAUCCUUUACCUCCGCGCGUCUGGACAGAGUGCGCAGGCGCCGCAGCCCUCGUUCCCUCGGGCACUGGGGCCUGGCUGCUUCUGAGUUUUAUAUGAGUUGUAUACAUAGGACCAUGAUUACAUGGUCCUUCGCGCAGAUCUUUUGCUUUGAUAAAGCAUUUAAGAAAGUGAAUACUUUUAAAACAAGAGCUUAUGGGUCAUUUUAAAAUUGUAGCACAUUGCUAUAAUAAGGCCCUUAUUAAGCCUUCUUUGAAGAGGAACAGUUUUAAAAAGACAAAAGCCUACACGGGACAAUUCCUUGUUACUGAGCAGUUAUUUUGUGUUAGGGGCCCUCUGUUCCCUGGAACGAAGUAGAGAAUACUGUGUGUCCUCACGGAGUUUGUCUCCCAACCACGGGGCACAGAUGAUGAAUACAGUGGAUUGCACAGCUUGCUGGGAAGUGCUACGAGUUGUAUUAAAAAGAAAGGUCGGAGUGAAGGAGGUGGUGCCGGUUGGUGGUAGGAAUGCUCCUUGGUGGAAUAAAACGAUCGGUUUGAUCCGAAAUCAAGUAUUUAUAUAAAAAUACAGACAAUGAACUUUUCAUUUAAUAUCUAAAAUUUGAAACCGUGAGUGCAACAUGGAAAAUUAUCCACAGCCGAGGCUUCUGACACAGCCGCGCUGUUUCCAGCAAGGGGUCACCGGUGCAGAGGGCUGCGGCAGAGCUGCACUGUGCACUUCUGCCCAGAAGGGGGCCUCGCUGUUCCACCGGAAGCUCAGGGCCAGCCCUGGCGGGCAGAGAAAGCCUUUGCUCAGUUCCUUCAGUGGGUUCGUUUCCUUGAUGCAGAGCAUCUGUAUUUGUUGAUUUUGCCAUUUGAGCGAUGUCUCUGACUUGUUUGUUUUGAAUUACAGUACAGGCUGGAAUGUGAUUAUGGUGGAAGUAUUUUUAUAUCACUGAGAGUAGCAGCUAAUCACAGUUACAUGGUUCAGAGGAUUUAUAAUUGCUAGGUUUUGUAAGCGUGUGUUUUUAACUGCAUUUGCAGAGUUUUAUGGAGAACAAUAUGCAUGAUUUUAAAUCUACAAUAAUGUUGCACGCACCUUCUCUCCAGUUUUUCCUAUUUUAAAAAAUUGUCUUCUCAUUAAAUUUUAGUGCCUUGAUUAGUUCGUUCCUCCUUGCAGUUGGCUGUAACUCACUCUGGAUCCUUCUUGCAUUUCUGCAAGCUGGCUGCCCUGCAUUUAUUGUCUUCAUAUCACUUUGCUGGGGAUCCUCUGGAGGGCAAACAACUUGGUCCUCUAGAGAGCGUACUCAGUAAGUCCGGCCAGAGGGUUCUUGGUAAAUAUGUCAGAUAAAAUCACUGAUUGAAAUUUAGGAAAAAAUGAAUAAAGAGACUUAAGAUAAAGUGACAAAACCAAAGUAGUGUAUAAGUAUUUCAUCUCAGAGACAAUCACUACUAAAAGAAUCAAAACAAAAACAGAAGGACAGACGAGACCUUGCAUAACACACACACACACACACACACACACACACACACACACCCCUUUGCUGUAUUUUGGAGAAUGAGGGAGGAGUGCUUCCUGACCCCUGAGUAUGGCUGAACAGUUUAAUCUCCAUUUAGCACAUUUUAAAUCUCUUCAAUAUGUGAAAAGUCUAUAGUAAAAUUUCAGAAAAGUCUAUAGUAAAAUUGUGGACAUAAGCAUAGUUCCUUCGUCUCUUUGGUGGUGGGAGAAUCUGUUUAGAUCGUUUAGUUGCAGGUUAGAGGUGGAUAUGUCCAUUGCACGGCCCUUGUGGGACAUUAAGAGACAUUAAGUCUGCAGAAUUUGGGCAACAAUUUCCACGGGAAUUGUGUAUCUGAGAUGUGGUGAUCUAGCCUCAACCUUUACAGCUUGGAAUAUUGAGAUAUCCAGCUCAAAAUCUUGCUUUCAGUUAAUUGACAAUGGUAGUGCUUUGCUUAGAAUCCAGUUAAGGGUCUUGCUCUGUGUAUGAGACAGUUCUGAAAGUCGUGGGAUACAAAGUUUUAAAGUCACUGCCAUGUUAAGAGAAAUUUAGGGAGAAACGAUUAUAUCUGGCUGCCAAGUAGUCGGUGUUUACAGCGUUUACUGGUUUUUGCAACAAACCUCGCUGAGAAUGAGAGGUAUAUCAACUGGCAGGCUUCAACACUGAUAAAGGAUCAUGUUAAAAUAUCUGUACUUUUGUUAUUUGGCACAAGCCCCUCAUGUUGUGUAUUUGGAAUAUCAUGGAGAGAAAAUAGCCAAGAACUCCAAUGUAGGCAAAAUCUGCUGAUUUUUCUUAAAACUUUUCACUUGGAAAGUUGCAACCAUCAUGGUUCUUUACCCUGAAGAAUGUUGGCAUUUGAUAAGCAUGGGAUUGUCUCUUAUAUAAUCCUUGUUUAGUUGUAUAAUUAAUGAUUUCAGUAAGUCUUAUAUAGGUAUACUUAGUCUAUUUCAUCCUAGAGUUAGGUGUCACACUGAGUUAACUUUCCACUUUUUUUUCCCCGUAAGUUACUUUUAAUCAAGAUUUCCACAGCCUUUUGUUGUCUUCUAUUUUAUUACAUUAUUUUAUCUUACCUUUGUUUGUCUUGCAGUGCUGGGGUUUGCACCCAGGGCCUCAGCCAUACUAAUCACGUGCUGUGUUGCUGAAGUACCACACCGGCUACCACACUGACAUUUUUUAGUGACAGUCAUUGUACCUCGGCUGCCUUCAUUGCUUUUUUGUUCCUUCUGUGUCAUCAUGGUCUUCUAAAGAAAAUCUAUUCUUGGUUUUAAACUUGGUGUUUCCUCAUCAGCGCAGUCAGACCGUGUGUGCUAGGUAACAUUAUGCUCCUCUGAGGGUGUCGCAUCUGGAGGCACACAGAGGCCAUCUGACCGCACAGGCCACCUGGCACCUGGCCGCCUGGUCACGAUGUCAGGUUGAGGCACUGUAUAGUUUUUUUUUCUUCAUUGUAAUAAAUAGUCUGUGGCGAAAGGAACUAUUCAUUUUUGUCGCAUUUCUUAAAAGAAAAUGUAUUUGACACUGAUGAAAAGGAGGGAAGGGAAAUUAAUGGUACAAAUUUAAAAAGUCAUUUUCUACCUUUUGCCAUGCCAAAAUUCACAACAUUCUUUUUCUAACAAGAAUGUUUUAAAAGAGCACUGUCUUAAUCAAAAUUCCAAUAAGUUCUUUCUUGUCUUUAUCCUCAGCAAAAGUAAUUAUUAUAAAUCUCAUUAUAACUGGAAGGAUUUCAAAAAAAUAGAUCAAAGAUACAUCUGAAAUUGCAGAUGACCCACGGUGAUCCAAUAGGAUACAGAACUUUGGCCAUAAAAUGUAAGUUUUCUUGGGUUUCCACAGACUUAAUAUAUUUUAUGCAGUGCUACUUGAGUAUCAGUAAAAAUAGCAAAAGCAAGGCUCUUUUUUUUAAUCAUUAUUUUGUAAAGUAGCAUGGGUUUCCGGUUUAAAAUCCCUGGGGAAGCCAGAGCUUGCCCAUCCUAGUCAUUCGGCAUGGACUGGCCUCGAGUAGCCUGAGGGAAAAGAAGCCUCAGCAAUUGGUUUCCCUGCCUUUUGGCAGAGGAUUGAGACUGCGUUGACUUCAUCUAUGAAGACACCCGCCAGCUAUUUCCUCACUUCAUAAAUUGCUGAUUGUGUGCAGUGAGGAAGGAGUGAUGGGCGACGUUAUUUUUAUGGGUAACCCUGGCAUAAGUUGCAGUGAGAGUUUGACAUCUUUAGGAUCCUGGGCUUUUUCAAGCUUAGUGAACAAAAGCGGGCCCAUGUGAGUAAUUCUCACCCAAUACUGAAGUGGAUUUUUACCAGACUAAACACCGUGCGUCUGUGAGGAGUAAGGAGGCUGCCUCUGGUGUAGUGGGGGGACGCUCUCUCCCAGACCUGACGUCAGCCAGGCUCAGGAGCCUCCAGCCCCAGCCUGCACCUCGCCCUGCACCUUCCUGGGCCUGCGAAGCCCAGGCUCUCGGGACUUCUGCUGCCCUGCAUCGUCAGUAUGGCACUGGGUUUCUCUGCCUCCACUGUGUGGGUCCUGGGCCUGCUGCCUUCAGCCAGAAUCCUCAGUCAACUGAGCAAGUGCUUGCCUACCCUGAUGUCUCCUCUUUCCACCCCUGGCUGCUCAUCCUGCUUAUCAACUGGUUAUAGAUCCCCUCUUAGUUCUGUAUUCCAGGACAAGCCCAGUCUCUCUCCCCAAAAUAGUCUUCCUUAAGUUUCUGUGACAAGUGUCACAGAAUUUUUUCCCUCACAUGAAAGCAUGAACCUGAGAACCUAGAGCAGCGUUGGCCAAACCCAGCCUGAUGAUUUUCUUUUUAUGCCACUCGGGAGUUAAACAUGUUUUGCAUUUCAAAAUAGGUGGGGAAAAAAAUAGUUAGUGACCCAGGAUCCCUAGACGAAAAUAAAAUUUCAGCGUCCAUAAAUAAAAUCAUACAGAAUUCAGCUUGCUGCUCGCACAUUGCCUGUGGCUGCCUGGGUACUGCAGAGGCCGGGUAGCAGUACCAGCCGUGCAGCUCAGAAGCUAAACAGCAGCAUGUCUGGCCCUUCCGAAAACUUGGGUGCCCUCUGGCCUGAAGAAGGUGAAACGAUGGGUCGGCUCUCUAAGGAGCUCUUUGCAUCACGUAACUGUGCAGUUGGGCUUCAAUGCCACGAGUUUUAAAAAGUUGGUUGGUAAAUAUGGAGGAGAGAUUCAAGACAGACAUUCUGGCUGGGGAUAUUUUAGACACAUUUUUUUUUUGUCUUUUUCAUUUUUAUCAGUACCAGGGAUCGAACUCAGACCGCCUGCUUGCAAGGCAGGUGCUUAUGCUGCUGAGCUAAAUCCCCAGCCCCUUUAGACACAUUUUAAAAGCAUGGCAAGGAGAAAAAGGAACUUGCCAUUUUGUUUUGCUUUAGAAUAAAUGAUACAGUUAUUAAAAGCAUCAUCAACUACUUGUCAUCAUACAAUUCCUAUCACAUAUAUAUUAGACUCCCUUAACCAGAAUGGAAGUGGAAAUCUCCAUCCCAUUUUUCUCCUUCAGUUUUCCCUGCCGCAGGUUUGGUCACCUGCAAUGCUAGCAUCACUGGGAUUAGAAAGACAGAAAGAAAACACCUACUAGGCAUUUAACUUUUUUUUACCUCUGGCACCGAGUUCAGGGCACAGCUUUAAUAUGCAGGAUACACAGAUACCAUAAGUAAACUCUAAAUUGCAUGGUACGAAAUGGGACUUGGAAGGUUGGUGAGCAGGAAGCCACCGCACACACAGAUCAGAGCAGUGGGAAGGAGGUGAUGCGAAGACAGGCAAGGGGUGCCGGGGCCCAGCUGUAGUGAACACCCCUGUUCCUUUCAGAGGAGGAUGGGUCUUCAUGUUCGAUUGUGGCUUGGUGGAGCACAGACAGGGACGUAGCUCCCGACUCCCCAGCCCCUGAGGUAGGGAGGCCGGGAUUCCACGUCACCAGGCAAGGUUUGAGCCACGGAAAAGGAGAACGUCAGUGAUAGUAACAUUUACCGAGAACUUACUAUGUGCCAAGCCCUACGCGUGUGUUCCUCGUUAAUUCUCAUAACUACCCUAUGAGUAAGAGCUCUUAUCUUCCUUUUCUAUCAAGGAAACUGAGACAGGGAGAUUAACUUUCUUGCCCAGAGUCACAGGGUUGUGUUAGGAUGGAUUAGCUUAUGCUGUUAUAACAGUUCUCAAGUUUUAGUGACUUUGACCAAAGGUUUAUUCCUCUCAUCAUUUAUCCCUAGUUCGUCUCAGGUCAAGCAAGAGACUUGGGCUAAAGGAACUGCUACCUGGAACUUCAGUUCCUGCUAGAAAAGGAUAAGGCAAAUAAUGCUGUACUUCUGAGGCCAGGACUUCAUAAAGUUGGAUGUGUGUAGGAAGCUUCUGGGGAAGCUGAUUAAAGAGGAGUUCAAAGUCAGGAGGUUUAGGAGGGCCUGAGAUGCUGGGUCUGUCAGCCUCUCCAGGGGCCUGUUCUGUGGCUGAAGGGUGACACUUGCAGUGAGGAGUGCCUCCUGGCAUUCGCCUAGAGUUGAUACAGGGUUUUUGAUCACAUAAGAUUGAAAGCAAGUCACAUGGCUGUGCCCACCAGCAAGGUGGCAGGUCUUCUGGUCUACCGUCUCCAUCAGGAGUUGAACUGGAACCUCUGUGAGCAUUUCUAGUGAAGAGCAAAUUUAUGGCUUUCUUGUUUUGGAGAAGUGCCAGAUUGAAGUGAGCACUGAGGGAAUUGUGCGUGAUGGUGGGAGUGCCUGGGGUGGGGGCGUGUGUGUCCACUCAUGCACCCAUGCCUCAGGUCCAUUUGCUAUAAGGUGCUGGAGUUGCUGGCAUGGAAGAGCACUGGCCUGUAUUUGGGGUGACAUGCUUAUUCCCUGGAUGUUGGUGCAGGUGUGGGUCUGCAGCCUGUCCCCCUAAUUAGGAACUUCUGUCAUGGGAAUACUUGACUGAACCUGAGAGAGCUAUGUGGUGGAUCUCAGAUCUAUGCUAGAGUCUUCAAAUAGAGAAAGGAAGACUUGGUUCCUCUCCAUGGGGUACUGAAAGACUGUCACCUCCUUUAGCCUUCCAGUGCUCAUAAAAUGCCCUGUCCCUGUCCUGCUGCUAUCUACUGUUAAUUCCCAAGCUGGAGAUAGAGGGAUCAUUCAGAAAAGUUAGACUAAAACCAGGCAUGAUGGUACAAUUCUAGGAGGCUGAGGCAGAAGGAUAGAAAAAUCAGGCCCAGCCUGGGUAACUUAAAAGGUGAAAGGUCUUGGGAUGUACUCAUUGUAAAGGCCCUAGGUUUAGUCCACAGUACAGGAGGGAAAAAAGGCCCAAUUAAGGCCUCUAUCUUCCUUAUGGAAAAUCUGACCACAAAUGGCACGUGGAAUGAAACGAAAUUGUUCUUUCAUUAUUAAAAACAAAAAAUCCUUCUCAAAGAAAGCAGUAUAUUUCAGUUUUACAUAAUAAUUAGCUUGAAAUAAGAUUUCAUAAUUAACCACUGCACUACAUGAGUCACGCAUCUGUUUAGCUAAACGUACAAGAGAAGCAUGUAGCUAAAUGCAAAGCUUUGUUUUUCUUUUGGAAAAGAAAAGUUUGCCAUGUGGGAAAAUGCUUUUCCUUCUGUCUGCUCUUCUGCCACUAAUGAGUGGAAGAGCUGGUCGGGUUUUGAUCAUUUCUCCACAGACACUUUUACCCUGCAGUAGAGGUGGUUUUAGUUAAAGUAUGCAGAUUAAUGUAAAGGUAAUAACUAAGGGAAGAGAACUGAGCAGGUAUUGCUAUUUCUGUUACUUACACAGGUCGAAACCUCCAGUAUGACUUUUGUAAAUGAAUAAAACAGAUAACUUCUGCCUCUUGAUCAUUCUAAUCCUGGGGGGCAUUGCCGGUUCUCUGUCAGCUGCUCUGGCAUUUUGGAAGGAGACCUGUCACCCCACCAGUAUUCCUGACUCCAGGGGAAAAUGCUGUCAGCUUUCCAUCCCGCCUGAGCUGUCACUGGGAGAAAGCCUUUCCUUCUACCAUAGGUCAAUAGUGAGGGUCUAAAUAAUGAUGCCUCCUUCCUAUGUCAGCAAUGCAAACAGCAGGAUUCAAAUGCUAAACAAGUUCAGGAAAGAUUGACUUUCCUCUUCUCCUGAGAGGAAUCCCUGUCCUUAGUGAUGCGCGGCUCUGGCAGGAUGCCAAGGGAAACCCACCAUCCUUUCUUUUCGGUCCCCAUGCAGGUAUCCCUAUGCACUGGUGUUCUUUAUCCUAAUCCCAUUUAUCAACAGCAGAAACCUCACACAUGGUUUUGCUCCUCCCUGCAAAUUCCUACAAUCUCUCUGAGAGCCUGCAGUGAUCACUGGCUUCAAACUCCUACUUAGUGUCACAUAGUUUAAUACACAAUGGGUUUCUGAUGACAGUAAUUAGAUUGUAAGCUCCUCAAAAGCAAGGAUUUAGCCCGAUACUAGCCCAGAGGCAGUUCCGGGUGAACACUUGCUGAGUGAUGGGUUUGUAAUCCUGGAUGGUUUCCAGUCAGCAGGACAAAUGGGUGAAUUAGCACUACCGAGCAGGCUCUCUGUCCCCAGCGACCCUUUUGUGAAGGGCUGCCACCGUUUUCCUCCAGCUCAUGUCUCCUCACUGGAAAUCUACAUUGUGAACUUGAGUUUAUGAUCUCCCAUUUUGAGGCCUCAGAAGUAAGGACAGCAAGCGAGAUGCUAGUUUAUAUCUGCUUUGCCAGAAGCUAACUUUCCUGUGGAGGCAUAAAAAAUAGAAGAGAGGACGCACUGCAUAUUUAACAGCAAGUAAAGCACAGUGUGGAGAUUUAUAUAACUCUUUUGCUAGAUUAGUGCAGAAGCUGGAUUAAUAUUUUAAUCAUAUUCUCUUGAGAGGAAAAAGCAGCUGGUGAAAUUUUUGGAGGUGACAUGCCAAUCUACAUAGAAACCAAGUGUGGUUUGGAGACCACCAUGGAAAUAAUAACUUCAGUCAUUAAGUGGAGAAUGAAAGGAAGAAAGAAACCAGAUAAGUUUUCCAGGAUCAAGAAGUUAUUUUUAUUAUAAACUAACCUUAGGUAGACCAUAGGCUUUAUUAUUAUUUUAACAUUUAAAUUCAAAUACCAUUGGCAUUAUCUCUGCAUGGCAAUUACUUUUGGCAGCAGCCAAGUUAAUACAGCAGAACGUCCUUCAUCUUUGUUUUUAAGUUGUUGCUUUAAUGCUGUGAUUAAUCUCAAUAGCUGUAAGCAAAGCACAGCUAGAACCCACGGUGCAAUUCGAGUUUUGAUGCAGGCUUUCUCUGUCUUGUAAACUUGAGUCUCUAACAGGCAGCGCGAAGCCACUGCUGUCCCUCACUGGAAGGAGAGGGACAUUUUCUUUGUGCCUCUGCAGACCAGAUAACAUCAGCUCUCUAGGAUGGCGUGGCCCUUGCCCUAGCAGUGAGCCAUCUGAAGUACAGUGUGGGUGGGGACUGGUCAAGUGUUAUCCUUUGCUGGGGAACCAUCAUUAGAUGGAAACCCAUGUUCAUAUUAUUAACUGGAAAUCUGUGCUUCUGAAUUUCGUGUGACUAAGCCUGGUUGCUGUGAUAUGCUCAAAUGUUCUGUUGACUUUUAGAUAUUUUAGAAAAGAGGGAAAUGAAAGUCUCAGAGUUGAAAAAAAAAAACAGUCGAUGGAGGUACUAAGACUCGGCUCCAAUUAUGUUGGCAGACAGCCCCGUGGUGCAGCUGCUAAAGAAGGAUCCCAGAUUCUACUGAAAUCCCCCCAGUACCUUCUCUUAGACCUGUAAUGGAGCCAGCAAUACUGUAGGGAAGAACUUUGGACUGAGGUUUCUUUGUGGGAGCAACAGAUUGAACUGAUAAUGAGAGAACGUUCAUAUGGUUAGCUUUUAUAAGGUGGCAGUAAUUUCAGGAAUUUUAUAGCACUGGCAUAGGAUUUGGGCCUUCGUUUCAUCUGGUGCUCAGUGUCCACCCUACGUGGUUGGGUAGCAGCGGCAGAGCAGGGUGAAGAACAAAUGGGGCUGAGCAUGGCUCUGAUGGUAAAGUAAUUCAGUCCUGACUGUUGAAGCUUCUGAAGGUAGAAACACGGAGACAUUUACGAAGGCCAUGAAUGGCUGUUGUCUCUUUGACUCAGUGGAGAACGUAGAGAAAAAGAGGGAAGACAUUCCAUGAAGGAGAAAGUGACAAUUUAGGCCUCUCACCCGAUCUCCUUUCCCGAGGACAGCUACACUCAGAGUAGACCAUGGUUCUGGUUGUCAGUUUUCCUAAUUAUCAGUGAAUAAUAAGAGAAGUAGGCCAAUAGGAAGGACGCUGAUGUCUAAAGGAGCUCUCGGCUGGGUUGGUGAAGUUCGUUUGAUGAGUCUGUGUGCUCUCAGAGAGGAGCACAGUAGAAGGUUGGGAAUCACUGUGAGCCCUCUUUUUUCCCAAGAGGUCGGAUGGGAUGACGUGGAAGCCUGGAGAAGCAGCAUUCUGGGCAUUUGUCCAAACUCUGCCGACCUCCUUUUCUGUUUCAUGGUGUGUCUGUUCCUCACGUUGGAGUGUGAAAGCUGAGAUUUUUUCUUUUCUUUUUUUUUUUUUUUUUUUGAUCCGUGUAAGUAUCACGGCUCUAGGUAGUUUGAUACUAGCAACCUUUUGAAUCAAGGCAUUUCGGAUUCACCUAAAAUAGACGGUGGUGCCAUCAUACAUUUUAACCUAGCUAGAAAUGGAGUUGAGAGAACACAGACUCAUCUGUUAGAGUAUCUAGUAAUAGCAACUAUUUAUUGACUGUUUAUUGUGUGCCAGGCGUAGCUCUAAGUGCUUUGCAGCUGUAAUUUUAUAUGAUCCUUGCAGCAAAAGUAGGAGGUUACUGUUUUUAUUUCCACUUAACGAAAGAGGUAAUAGAGGUUUGUAAAGUUUAACUUGCUGAAGAUCAGAGAGGUGCAGAACUAGAAUUUAAAUUUUAGAACUCCCAUGUUUUAUCCUUCAAACUAUACUACUUCAUGAUUACCCAAAUAGGAAAAGAACAAAGAGGAUGGUUAUGAACGCUGUUCCCUACCCAACGCCUUCACCAGAACAAAACUCUGUUAACUUGGGCUUAUUUAUGAGGCCAAACUUUAGCUUCUCUCAGAAGACUGUGAUUUUGAAUGUGCACGCACACGUGUGUAUAUGUGUAUGCACAUAUUUUAUUGAUAUUCUUAAAAAAUCUUAAAACACAUUUUCUAGAGGAAAGUCUAGAAAAUAGCCUCAUGUCUAUUUGACUGAUGAGAACAGAUCUUGGCAUAUGUAUACGCUUGAAAUAUAUAAUUGGACCAUCAUGUCCUUUCCAAAACCUGGAAGUAAAAUUACACAAUUUCCUAAAACUUGUCAGUGACAUAGGUCUGGUGAAUUUCCAGUACUUUUGCGUAUUCUGUGUUUAUUUCUCCAAAAAAAUAGCCUAUGUUGGUAAUGUUAUCUUGGGUAUUUAUGCCGUUAUUUACAUAUAUUUUCCUAUUUAAAUUGGUAUGUAUAGGAUACACAUUACCAUCAUGUAUCAAUUGCCUAUUGUGUAACAAAAAUCUACUAAAACUCUAGUGGAAUACAAAAAUUACUUCUUUCUCACACAUCUGGCAUAAUGGAUGUCUUUGUUAUUUUCCCAUUGCUGGAACAAAAUACCUAAAGGAGAAGUUUGUUUCCACCCAGAGGUUCAGCCCAUGCUCAGCUGGCUCCAAAGCAGAGAUUGCGGAAGGGCACGGGCAGAGGACAUCUGCUCAACCUGAGGCUACCAGGAAGCAGGGAGAAAAGAGAGGAGAGACAAGACUGCUCUCUUCCGCAUCCUGCUCCCAGUGACCCACCUCCAACUAUACAUUCCCACAUCACAUUCAGCUGCUGAAUCCGCGAUCCAAUCACCUUCCACACACACAUGAGACUUUUGGGGGCAUUUUGGAUCUAAACCAUAACAGUGGCUCUCCAGAUCUGCUUGUCUUGGCUUGGCUGGAUUAUGACACGAAGAGCCCAGCUUCUCGCUGUGGUUAGGAGAAUGGGGCAAAUCAACUCCUUGGUAUCCUUCUCAUCCUUGCAUAAGCUGGGCUGGUUAGGAUCUGUGGGGAACUGCAGAGCUACAAGUCCUCAAAAAACCUAAUUAAAUCUAUUUCAACUUUUGCUUGCAACAUGCCUGUUAAUAUCUCAUUGGCCAAAAAAGCCAUGUGGCUACAGGAAUGGAUACGGAGGAUGGUGGAUGAUUAAUUGGCUCCAAUUUGCAGUCUACGAAAUAUUCUUACUUUUCAGAUAGACAGAUGGCCACAUAGUUAAGUGGCCUACGGUCACAUAAAUAUUAAGUGACAGAGCUGGAAUUUGAACCUGACUUGGUUUUUCUUCAAAACUGAGACUCUUAAUGAUGUGCUGUAAUUGCAAGAUUAGAAACUAGCAUAGCAUGCCUCUGACUCCUUUCCAAAUAGGAACAAUCUUUUAGUUUUAUGCAUCUUCACCAAAGAAGACAAAUUACAGCUGUUGAUAUUAGGUAAUGUGAAUGCUGGCAGAAGUAAUUAAUGUUAGCAAAUUCUCCAAAAUAGUGCUAGAUAUUAUGAUCAAAAAAAUGCAUAGACUUUUAAGUCACUGCCUGACUUACUUUUGCUUUCUGCAUUCUUCAGAUCUCUCUCACGUGUCAUGGUUUAGAAGUGAAAUGAAUAUAUAAAACACUCACAAUGCCCUUCAUCCAUCUCCCCGUCAAACCAUCCCUGUAAUUUCUCAAUCUGCUUAUAUUAGCAGUAUGUAUAAAUGAAAAUGACACCUCACAUAAGUUGCUUUGUAAAUGAUAGUAGUGUCUUUAAGACUGUCUAGAAAGCUUUACAAUUUAACAAUGUACCAAAGUGUCUUCUAAACUGACAGAAAUUCCAGUCUUUGUAUCAAAUGCCCUUCCAAUACCUGCCCUAGUCUAGUUUUGCUUUUUAACUUGCUACUAUUACUCUUUUUAUUAAGUCAGUUACAUGGCAUAUGUUUUGAAGGAAAUUGAAAAGCUUUAUAUACUUCUGUUGACCCAAGAAGCAAAAGGUUGAGCACAGACACACUGCUGGCCAGUGUGUUCCUAAAAAAAAUCAGCAGUGUGCUCUUUGGUUCUAUCCUGGACCACUGACAACAUGAGAGAGAAAAUUUUCUACUUCUUGGGAUUUGAUUUUUUUUUUAUAGAGCAGUGAGGGCCACUGAGGGUCCAUCAGAAUGUCACGUGAGGGUCCUUUGGGAACAUUGGAUGAGAGAGGUGUUGGGGUUCACCUUUGAAAUGCAAGGUUCAGGUGACAACUCUGAAGAAGGGGGGACUUUGAAAAGAAAUGAUAAUUUAUACAAGAAGGGACAUGCCUCUAGAAUGAGAUGGAAAGCUAAGGCUGGUAAAUUUCAAUGAACAAAAUGACAGGAGUGGAUUGGGACGCCUAAUUCCAAUUACUUGUGACUGUGGCAUUUGGGGAGCUUGUGUAUGCGCUCCGUCUCUUCACCUAGCUCCCCACAUUACAUGGCUCUGGUGUGCUCUCCCACAGGACUAUUACAUUCCAUGAAAGCAGGGGCUGUGUGUGUUUUGCCUGGUGUCGCCAUCAUAGGGUAGUCCAGUGCCUUGUAUUUGUCAUUUGCUGACUAAAUAAUUAUUGACCAAACACAUAUCAGAAAUCAAGUAAUACUUCUGGCAUUUUCCUCUUUGCAAAAACCCAGAAACUGGGGCUGGGGAUUUAGCUCAGUGGCAUAAGCGCCUGCCUUGUAAGCAGGCAGUCGUGAGUUCGAUCCCCGGUACCGAUAAAAAGGAAAAAGACAAAAAAAAAAAAAAAAACAAAACCUCAGAAACUACCUUUAUCUUCUGCAACAAGAGAAUAAUUCAUGAGUUGAAUAUAAUGCAGCAAUUAAAUAAAAUAUAAUUUCAGUGCUUAAUUGUGUCCCAAAGGAAAAGCUUUUCAUUAUUGUGGAAAAGGAAGGGAGAAACAUCACAGUAAAUUAAAGAACCUGUCUUCUCAUCGGCACUCUGGUUUUGAUGUUAGUCACAUAACCCAAAGCAGCUUCCCUAUGUAUGCAACAGGAAGAAUAAAUGAUGAGUUGUAAAUGGAAAUACUUCAGAAAUCAAAGUGUCAGAUAAGGCCAGGUACAAUCAUUAAGUAAAGAUACAAGUUAAAUGGGAAAGGAGUUCUUCCAGAUAACUACAGAAAAGUGUACUGGAGUCAGGGAAGACAGCAGAUCUUUUUCAUCUUAUACACAACUCUGGGGACUAACGUAGUACAAGGUCAGUAGUUGUUCUUGGGGAUAAAUAAAUGAUAAUCAACUACACCGUACAAUCACAAAGACAAUCGGAGAUAAUUAUUCUGGUCUCUGUGUUUUAUAGAUGACUAUUUUCAUAUGCACCUAUUGUCACACAGUUAUCGGAAUUACAUAAAAUAAAUAGCUGAGUUGCUCAAGAACUUUUUAACAGAAACAAUAGCGAAAGCAGUGCUACAUGCUGAUUCAGUAAACAUUUAUAGCCCGAUUACAAUGUACAUAAUAGGGUCACUGCAAUUCUUGCACUUAAAAUUUCCCAUCUUUUGGCUCACAAGACAUAAUUAGUCCCUCUUUCCUCAAAUGGAACAGUAAGAAUAAGCAAUAAUAGCUACUGUAGGCAAUAGGAGAGUCUCAGUUCAGUGUUUUAGAGUAUAUAGAGGACAGACAUUGACUUUGGCCAACUUCAAGAGGAAAACACACGGCUCACAGAAACUAAGGGCACACACACGGGAGAGCCAAGCACAGGGGACUGUGGCUGCCAGGGUCGAGGGCAUGCGACUAGUCGUGUUCACCAGCCUCUGCAGUCAGGAUGGCCUAGCUGUGUCCAUCCUUCUUCAGCACUCCAUCCCAGAUUGCUAGUCCUGGGACAGAAAGUCAGGCUGGCUUAGCUAGGGAAGCAGGCUCACGACUUGGCCAAGGAAAAACAGCUCGGGAAGACUGCAAAAAACAAGACUGUGUGGGUCCCCUAAAGGAGCCACAGGGCGCAGCUACGAGACACAGUGGAUCCCACUGAGAGUAUUCUAUGAGUUCCAGGAAGGGCGACUGUGGUAAACUUUCAUAGCUGCAAAGGGCUCAGGACGGACAUCUAUGGUCAUAGCGAGACAAAUAAAGAAGGGGAGAUUUCAGGCAGUGCUACAUGAGGAGUGACGACAGAAUCGAGUCAGAUGUGCCCACUGCAGUAGGAAGCCACAAAGACAGAGAAGGUAAUAUUAAUUAUAAGUUAUUGGGUUUAUUUCAGUAUGUAGCAGAAAAUGCCCCUCUCCCAACCCCACCCGGUAUACUUCAGUUGCCCAGGUGAUAGCUCCUACUCCAGUUCCAGUUGCUCCUGUGUCUUAGAAAUGGCUGGUCACUAUGAUACACCAACGUUAUAUAAACCAAUCCCAUUUGACAAGCUAUUCUGCCUCUGUACUUCCUGCUUGCUUAUCCCACAUAAGCCCAGGACCACCAGAGAUCAGGGCCUGAUAAUUUGGGAGUGAUCCUAAUCAGUGCCCUUCAUGUAAGGUAAAUCUACCUCCAAAUCCUGGGUGUUGUUUCCGUGUUUCUGUUUGACGCAGCAAAUAGAUGAGUGAGGGUAGGUGUCAGAUUUCAAAGGAUAAAAGGUUUGAACAGGAAACAGCGAGUAUCAAGCUAAGUAAAUGAUAUGUAUUUAGAAAAUGCAUAAGGGGGACCUAUGUAAUUUUUUUAAUGAAAAUCAAAAAAAUAAAGGAAACAUUGGAAGCCGCUUCUGGGCAUGAGAUUGAGAAUCCAAGUGAACCAUAAAUUUUACAAAAGAGGUCAGGUUCCAGUUGUUCAGGGGCAGAACAGAAUUGAGGGAUUGGUGAAUAUGACAAUAUCAACACAUGGAUUUAGCUGAUGUUACUUUAGCUUCGCCAGAUCUUAGCAACACGAGGUGGAAAUGUCUGCCAGUGAAGAGAGUGUGCUGAGUGAGGCUCAAAAACCAAGGUGCUGUGGAAAAUGCUCUGUGGCCAGAGCACAUGAGACUCAACAUGGGGUCAGUAAAGGAAUACAAAACAACGUCUCGCUUAAGUUAUGGUUAGCAGGAACUUGAGAAGCUUCUUCAAAUGACAGGAUGGAAAUUCUUUUUGACUAAUGUCUAAAAGUUAGGAUUUCCAAAACUUUCGAUCAUAUUUUGAAGAUAAGAGCAUUUGUUCAGGAAUUUAGCUUUUUUCCUGGACUGGAAGGACUAUUGGAAAUAUUUGGAUGAUAGCAAAGUGGCGUAUUUUAUUUGUGAUGCUUUGCACCCCUUCUUUGAAAAUGGAAUAGUUGCCACAAAGGUCUCUUGAUCUUAUAUCCUUUUCAUAAAAUAAACAUAUUACUAGAAACACCAGACAUUUCCGUUUGACUUAGCAGUGAAACAGGAUCCUGGUUAGCCAUACUCACCCUUUUUCUGGACUUGCUCAUUAUUUAUUCUGGAGGCAUCUCAGAAAUGGAUUGCAGGAGAAAGCAGGAACCUGCAAGCACUCUUCAACCUCAAAUAUUUGAUCUAAGCCAUCGCAUUUAAGUAGUUCACAAUCUGCUGAGGAAAAACAGUCUAGGGAAUCUAGCUUCUCUUUGCCCCUUCAAAAGAAUCAGCAUUGUUAAAAUUUAUUAGAGUUGGAAUCUGCCCGUGCCUAAAUCACCCAGUAGGAGCUUUUCUCAGUCUGUUUAACAAAAGCAUACUGCAAGGGGAACCAAGUGGAAUUUGGUUCAAAAGAGGCCUGUGAAUCAUGUCUUUAAAAGAUAAUCACCCACUGUUUACUUGUUUUCUAAGUUUAAAUUUUUGUGUGUUGUGCUUACUUAUAAUGAGGUACCUCAAAACCUUAGAAUAAUCUAGGGGUAUCCCCCAUCCCUAAAAAGGCCCCUUCAACGCAUAGUGUGUAAUUACUCACGAGGAGAAAACUAGCCAUUGACGUCUCUAAUCACAGCGACCACAAUAGCAACCACUCUGAAUUCUAGAGGCUGAGUUGGUAUAAGCUGUUUACAAAUAUUACUUACUGAUUAUAGGUAAUAAUAUUGAUAUAAACAUAGAUAAUCAGUUGCAUAAACUAGAUAGUAUAGUGACCUAUUUUACAGGUGGGAAACUGAGGCUCGGAAAGAUUAGGUAACUGCCUGGCAUCACACAGUUAGUAAGAACCGAGGCCAGAGGGGAACCUACAGCUGCAAAACUCUGAAGCCCAGGCUUUCACGAUGCUUCUUUGUUUCCUUACGUAAAUGCUUCUGUAUGUGACACUCUGUUAGUCUCACCCGGAAGUCUAUACUCUUGCUUGCUCUUUGUCUUGAUUUUUAAAAUUAAAACUUUCAAACUUAUUUUCAAUUAGUUUUAAGCUUACAAAAAUUCUACAAACAAUGUUACAGAGAAUUCUUGUACACUCAGACUCCCCAAAUGUUAACAAGUUACAUAACCGCUAUAGAAUUAUCAAAGUCAGGAAAUUAACGCUGAUACAAGUCUGUUAAAUAGUCAACAGACUUUAUUCAGAUUUCAUCACUUUACCCUCCACCGGCCAGGAUCUAAACCAGGAUGACAUCUUGGAUGGAGCUGCAGUAUCGCCUUGGUCUCCUUCACGGCCAGCUCUGUCCGUGCCUGACCUCCAGAGGGAGGCCUCCUCCAACGCACCGUGGCUUCCCUCUUUGAUCGCUCUGGUCCCUUCAGUCUAGCGCAGUUUCUCAGCCUUCGCUGCCUUCCAUGGCACUAAAAUUCUGGCCAGUUACUUUUGCAGAAUGUUCCGCGGUUUGGAUGUCUCUUUGUGAAUACAUCUGGGUUGUGCAUUUUGGGGGAAAGUACUGUAGCAGUUUUGUAGUGUUAUUCUCAGUGCACUGUACCACAAGGCAUCUGAUACUGAUUUGUCCAAUCACUGCUGACUUUAACUUUGAUCACUGGAUUAGGUGGUAGCUCCCAGAAUUCUUCACGGUAAAGUAACUACUUUCCCUUUGCAAUUAGUUAAGUUUUUGAAGGGGAGCUAUUUUGAGAAUAUGCAAAGAUCUUGUUUGUUACAUUUUGCCCGCUAAUUUUGUUGUUUAUUGAUAACUGUUUCCUUAAAUAACUAUUACUUCAGUAUUUGAAAAUUGUGACUCCUCCUCUACAUCAUUAUUCUGCGUUAUUUGGAAUUCUAUCAUAGGGAAAAGCUUUCUCUUCUUCCCUACUUACUCCUCUGUUCUUUUAUUUAUUUAUUCAGUAUGAACACGUGAACUUUAUGGAUUACAGUCUAUGCCUUUAUUUGUUUAUUUUUUUUUUUAAAUUGUCCCAUAUUGGGCUCAGAGUUAUGUUCUAGUGUCAGCUGGCUCCCAGGCAGAAAACGGCAUGGGAGAAGCUACCCACAUCAUGACAGUCACGGCCAGAGAGAGAACAGAGGCGGCAGGAGGGAGACAAACCCUUCUGGUCCACACCCCAGAGAGCAAUCUCUUCUGACCAGACCUUGCCUCCUAACAGUGAGUUCACUCUACAGCACUGAGAUUCAGUCACCCUCCCAGCCGGGCCUAUGAGUGCGUGAGAUGUUUGUAGGACAUUCUCUAUCCCAGCUCUAACAAACCUCAUCAGAGACAUUCUCAGUUUGGAUUCUCUUUCUCAUACUUGUGGAUUGUCCAUCUAUUUAUCUAUCAAUCUAUCAUUCUAUGAAUCUAUUAUCUACCUGUCUUUGUGGAUACUGGAGGUUGAACCCAGAGCCUUCAUACUAUUACAUCUGCAGCACUUUCACUGUUUUGUUUUGAUUGAGUUUUAGUUGCCCAAAUGGAGCGCACACUUGCAGCCUCCUGCCUCAGCCUCUCCAGGACUGUCAGUUACACAUCACCACGCCAGGCUCUACCUAUAUAUGUUGGGUAAAUGUUCACUCCUAUAAUGUUCACUCUUCUGCCCUCCCAAUCCACUCUGUCCUAUUCUCAUUCCUCCAUGAUUUCCAGCCCAUUUCUUGAUACAUAUCCAGUCCCAUUAGUUCUUAGGUUAUUUUUCCUCUAUUUUUGUACUAUUAAACAAAUAUGUGUAUAAUUUCUGGUGUUCCUUUUUCUUAUACAAAAGAUGCCUGUGGUUAAUUUUUCCAGUGUUUCUUUCACUUAAUAGUGUAUCCUAACAAGCAUACCAUAAGAGUUUAUAGAAAUCCUUUCAUUUUUCACAGCUGCAUGGCACUCCACUGACUGGAUAUGCUAUAUUUUAUUCAUCUAUUGCUAAAAGAGCAUUUUAGCUGUUACCAACCAGCACUGAAAUGAGCAAGCCAUACAUCUGUAUUAUUGUAGCUUUAGAAAGGCAGCUUCAGAGUGGAUUCCUGCCAGUGGGGUGUCUGAGUUGAAAGGCAAAUGCAUGAAUAGUUUUGUUGGUUACCACCAAAUUUUUAUCUUAAAGGGUUGUGCUAAUCUGUUUCCUGCUAGCUUUGCCAAAAGAAUGUAUUGUCAUACUUUAAAAUGUUUACUUAUCUGAUAGGUGAGAAAUGCUACAGUUUUAACUUGCAUUUUAAAAAAUUGUGUGCUGUUUGAAUGCUUUCUUUUAUGCAUAAGUGCCAUAUAUAUUUUAAAAAGAACUGUUGGUACAUUCUUCUGUUUUUCUGCUGAUUUUGAUAAUGUUCCUCCUUUUGAGAAUUAUUUAAAUAUAAGGUUAUUAGUUUCUUGUCUGUGGUAGAAGUUACAAACAUUUUUUCCUAUUAUGUCAAUUGGCUUUUGACUUUAUGUUGCUUUUGCCAUAAAACUGUUGUUUUAAUUUUAUGUAGCCACAGCUAUCAAUUUUUUCGGGAUUUUGAGUUUGCAUUCCAUAGUGGGAGAGGAAUUCAUUUAUGUUUUCUUCUUGUACUGGUACAAUUUAAGUGCUUAUGUUUUUGCUCCUUUUGGAAUUUAAUUUUGUAUAUGGUAAAAACAUAGAUUUUAUCUUUUUCUAAUGGUGACUCAGUACUCCCCAUUUUUGCUCCCACAAUUUAAACAGCAGCCCCCCCAUACACACACACACACACUGUCUUAUCCUGAAUUUCCCUAUGUGCUCGGAUCUCCUAGGGGAUUUUUAUUCUACUCUAUUGGUCUGCUUGUCUGGUCCUCUAGUCAGUAUCAAAUUGUUCUAAAUACAGAUCCUUGACUGAAUGCUUUAGUACCUGGUAGAUCUAGUUUCUCUUCACAGAUUUUUUUCACUGAUUUCUUGGAUAUACCUUUCUGCUACUAAUACUGACAACAACUUGUCUUUGACAGUUCAUGUGAUUCAGUCAUGUGAUGCUAAAUUGUACUGCAGGGGCUCAGCAGGCAUUAACAGUGCACAGUUCAGCACUGAGAGUUCAUGCCAGAGACUUUGGCCCUGGAAGAUUGAGGACCAAAUAUCAAUAGCCAACAUGGUGUGUGUCUUCAUUACUUUUUUCUUGUUGCUGGGACAAAAUACACAACAACCAAAAUUAAGGAAGGAAAGAUUUAUUUAGCUCACAGUUUGUGGAGGUUUCAGUCCAUAAUUGGCUGGCUCCAAGGUAGGGUGGCAUGGCAGAGAGGCAACAAUUCAAGGCAGCAGAAGACAGAAGAAUCGAGAAGAAAAGGGGUGGGAAAUCAAGCUUUCUUUCCUCUCUUAUGUUAUAAGCAGGUUACCAGCCACCCAGGGCGGGUGUAGCACUCACAUCAACUCCCUGCUCUCUUGCAGGAGCUCAAGAUGUUUACAAAUGAGUACCCUGACCCCCUGCUGAGCCACUUAGUUAAACUUCUCAAGUUGACACAAUGAACAACAUCCUAGAAUGGUUAGGAUAAGUCCUCUACACCCCAGGUUUUUGAACUGCUGAGUUACUUGAUUAAGCUUUUGGACUCUGCAACUUGACACAAUGUGUCAACCAGAAGUUGUGAGAAAAGUCAUAGAGGGAGGAGGCAAAAUCAGGGUAGGUUCUAUAUCCUAGAACUCGUGGGUAGAUUGUCUCAGGGUUAAAUGAGCAGAGGGAUAGGGGGAAUCACAGCCCAACCAUUCGGUGGCCAAGGGCCAGCAUCUUUCGUUUGAGGGCUGACAAGUUCUGAGCCCUGAGGUGAACUGGAUCUACCUUUUACAUUUGCAAGAGAAAAUUUCCCAACCCUCUGCUCCAACAGCCAGUUUUAAGGAGUUUAAAUGUAUUUAUGCCUUAUAUAUUUCUGAAGUAAGGUUUGUUUUAUUUUAUUCCUGGAAAAAAAAAAGCACUAAGUUUCUUCUUGGAGAGUUCAACAAUUUGAAACUCAAAGUUUCAAGUGCAUUUUAAACAGCCCCCUUCCCUCCUCUACCCACACAUCUAUAAAAAUAAACAAGGCCACCGACAAACUGCUCUCUGAUUUGCAUAGCAGCAAGAACUGAUGCAAAUCCUUGCCUCUGCGGCUAUUUCUGCAUCUGUGGAGAUGGCAAAGGCUUCCUUUCCUUAAAGAGUCUUUUUCGGGCAUGUUACCCUAAGCGGGGUACUUUCUAAAGCACUAUAGCAAUAAAAUAUUUGAGGGAAUAAAAUUCUAAUGAUGAAAGAAAAAUUAGGGAAUGAUGUCAGGUUUGACUUUUGCAAUAAGAAAACACCCCAGUCCUGAACGCAAAUGAGAACUUACAGCCUGGCUGUUGGCUGUGACUCCUGGCUCCAUCCCACCCGGCCCCUUUCAGGCCAGCAGGGGCUCCCCCAUCCCACCUCCACACAAAGGCAUUCACUGCUCCAUCCCCUCUGCCACCUCAUACACAAAGAGAGCAGGAUCCCAUUCCCUUUUGCACCCCUCUCACUCCUGUUCUAUAUAAAACCAUAUGAAUGCUACAUAAUGUGUAUCAGAAUUCAGCAUAGCAUGUGCUUGAAAACAGGUGCAUGAUAAACCCUACUUUUCUGCAGAGUAAACCCAGUUUGCCCACAUGCUGGAUCAGUUCUCAUCCCCAUGCACCAUCUCAUCCUGCUCAGCUGCCUGGAGCAGCAGUCAGCCCCGCACUGUGUUCUGGGUCCUGAUGACACAGUUACAUUAACAAGGAUUGAUAGUGGUGUGCCAGCCAUACAGAGGAAGUGGAGGAAUGGGAGAAGGAAUUCAUACCCACAGAUCACUGUGUUUAUCUCAGGAAAAUUUGCUUUGGUGAGUUAUUUCAGUUGACCCUCACAGUUCUUGUUAACUGCACAGUUCCAUACUGAUUUCUCAAGCAGUCAUUAGUGAUCAGGAUUUUUCCCACCUCUCUCUGACCCAGAGCCCAUGCUGAGUCACAUGCCUUUUGAUUUACUCAAUACCUAGAACAUAGUAGCCAGUGCAUAAAAAUCUUGCAAUCCUGUGCAGCUCAGUUAGGGACUUUUAAGAUUCAAAGCCUGACUCCCCAAAAAUUUACCUUUAAAUUUUUGGGUACCAGCAAGGAUAUUCUGUUAGAUUACCUCAGUCAUGCAGCAUGGAAACUGCCUUGUCUGAUUAAAUUUUCUCUUUUCUGAUUUUGUUUCUUCAGUCUUCUGUGCCUUUGGCUGACCUCAAACUUAGAAAACCUCAUAACAGAAGCUAACUUCCAAAUUUUCUCAAAAGUCAGUUUGUUGCUAAGGACCGAGAUUGCAUUACCCUAAAAUGCCAGCAAAGCAUGACCACAAAAUACUGUUUGCUGGUCACUAACCCUUUGGUUUUUUUUUUUUUUUUUUUUUUUUUUGAGACAGGUUCUUGCUAAGUUGCCCAAACUGGACUUAAACUUGGGAUCCUGCCUUAAUCUCCCAAGCAGUAACAUUACAGAUCUGUGGCACCACACGUGGCAUCUUUGGCUUUUGUAUUCUGUUCAAUGGCCUUUUACAGUUUUCUCAAGAACACAAGUGUUUGGAAAAGUGAAUGAAAGAGUUCAGCAUUUAGAUUAUAGAGUCAUCUUCCCUUUUCCUGUAAAAACCAAUAAACCAUGCAUUAGUUUGUUUCAGAAUUCUGGUUAACUACAAGAACCAUUGUGGCCCAGCUCUCAGCUAAUGACAAGAUUGGUGGAACAAUCUGAGUUAGGGGGAGGAUGCUCACAUAUACAGGUUGGUGUGACAGGAACAAAGCAAAAAAAUAGCUACAGUACUCAGUAAAGACCGACAAUUUCUGUUGAGGAUUUUAAAUUGUUACUUGCUUUAAUUUUUAUUUUACUGGGUUAUUCAUUCUAAUAAGAAAAAGGACCAGUUUCUGUUUGUCCAACUAUGUAGACUGGAGUGUGGUAUCCAAAAUAAUUGGUUCCAUUUAAAAUGUUCUGGCUUAUUCCAAUAUCUUACAGAUUGCCACCCUGGGCAGCUGGUUUUUCUUGCAGGCGCUACCAAUGAGGAAAGGUCCGAAGCAUCUUUCUCACCUAAGGGUGUAUUCUUUAUAUCAGAACACACUGCCUCUGUUAUGACCCUUGUAUGACAGAAUGGUGGGACGUCAGUCCUCCUUUUGUAUGAGGCAGCUGCAGACUCACAAUUGUUAACUAGACUACAGUUUUGAACUGCACCACUUUAUGGUGUAGAUCUAAAGAAUUCUCUCAGUUUCAUGUGACUGGAGAUGGGGCCUGGCUGGAAGAGGCAGGCACAUAGAGCUGUGACCAUGAAGGUAUAUUCCUGUCCCCAGCUUUUCUCUUCUCUUUCAGAUUCUUGAUUGUCACUGGGGUUGAGAAGCUUCCCUCUGCUGUGACCUUCCAUUGUGCCAUUUCUGCCUGAGAACUAGCCAGACAUACACUAAACCCACUGAAACCAUGACCCAAACUAACCCCUUUUCUUUUAAGUUGUGAGUGCAGGGUAUUUUGUCCCACAGUUUGGAAAUACAGAAAACUAAUACAGAAAUACAGACUGAUACAGAAAACUGCUACAAGAGAAGUGGGGUCAUUGCUGAGACCGUACCUAACAACGAUUGAGAAGCUUUUGGAAGUGGUCUACUAGGAAGAGUUUGGAAAAGCUUGGAGAUGCAGGCUAGAGAAUCCCUAGACUGCUGUAAGCAGAGACUGGGUGAUUCUUCUCAGGCACAAGAAGGCUAAACUCUUAAGCUUGCCCUUUACUGUCAUUCUUAUACGAAUGAGUUUUCAGUUAGGAACAGGGGUUUUAUUGGAAAUUGCACUAAAGGCCAUGAAUAUUUUAUUCUAAUAAAUAAUUUAUCUAUGUUUUGUUCAUAUCCUGUGACUUUGUGCAAGGCAGCUUUAAAUGUGGGUGACUAGUUAAUCUGGCAGAGGAAAUUUCAGGAUAGGCCAAUGUUCAGGCUGUGGUGUGAAUACCACUGAUUGCAUUUAACCAGGCCCACUUUGAGAAUCAGGAACAAAAAGCAGACCUAAAUGAUUUGAAAAAUUUGCAUCUUGAACAGAAAGGAAAAUUUUAAAGUUGGAUCCAUGCUCAGAACAUGUUGCUGUGGGCUGUUUGUAUCAUUGAAACUUCUAAAAGUUUCACCAUCACUGCUCUAGACCUUUCUCUUAGAAAGAAAAUAUUCUGUGACAUUGUACCUUGGAAGCAGUUAACUUUCUUUUUGAUUUUUACAGUGACUUAGAGCUUAGAGUUUGCUUUGAGUUUCAGAGGAAACUUUGGACUCGGACUUUUCAGAAGUGUUGGAACUGGUAAGAAUUUGGUGAUUCUGAGUGACAGACUAAAUCCAUUUUGCAUAAUGAGAUGGAUCUGAGGCUUUUGGAGGUCAGGGGCAGAAUGUUAUAGUUUAAAUCUAAAACGUUACCCAAAAAUCCCAUGUGUUCAAAGGUGGGGUUUGGUUGAAAGCGGCAGCUCAUUCCAAGCUUGACCUGGAGGGAUACACACCUGGCCCAGCUCCUUCCUUCUGUCUUUGGGUCUUGGCUGCCACAGAGUGAGUAAUUUCCUUUGCCAUGCCCUUCCACCAUGCCAUUUCUGCACUGGAGCCUGCACUUACAGGAACUGUGAAUCAAACUGUGAAUCUCAAAUUCCUUUAAAUUGAGGGUGUCAGGUAUUUUAUCCUAGCGUUGAAAUUUUUUUAAAAAGUCCUUCUUGUAAAUAGCUUCCAAAGAAUACCUAAGUGUGCUCAGGAUUAUAUAUAGCCAAUUUUUUUCUGCCUAUUUGUAACUUUGUUACAGAGGGAAUAACGUUUUCCUCAGGAGAGAAUCUUUUCUCUUUUUAAAAUAAUAUUCUUCAGUUUCUGCUGUGUUUUGAAUAUGUCCCCAUCCCCAAAUUCACUGUUGGAAAGUUGUCCACAUAUUCAGUUGUUGAUGGAUUUGUAUGUGAGGCUUUUGCAGAUAGUUAGGAUUAGAUGAGGUCAUGAGGGUAGGUCCCCAUGAUGGCAUUUGUGGCUCUGCAUGAAGAGGAAGAGAAACCUGAUCUACUGUGCUUGCUAUUUCUCUUUCUCUGGCAUGUUACGAUGUGCUAAGAAGCUCCUCACUACAUGCAGAGGAAAUGCCAGCGCUAUGCUCUUGUAUGAUAUGAAAAAAAAUGAGGUCUAACCCUUUUAUUUUCUCUCUGACAGCCAGAAGGAGGCUUGAUCUGACUGACAACCUUCCCUUGUGCUUCCCAUUUGUCCCCAAGGAUGCUUCAGGGUCACUAUCUUCGAAAUCCUCUUGCUACUUCUGUGGUUACUUUGGCAGACAUCCAUAACUACGCUGACCAGAAUCCCAGGUAGAAGGACAGCUAUGUUGCCUGUCUCUCAUCUGGACCAUUUCAAGGCUGCAUCAGUCUUUGUGAGCAGUGACCAAAAAACUGUGGCCAACAGGGCUAAGGUCAGGGAGAGAUCAGGGUCCUUUGCUGAUAUCCCCCAAAUCUCUAAACCUCAAUGAUUAGUGUAACUGCUCCUCCUGGAAACUCCUCAAAAGUGGGGCAGUCAUGAUGUUAGUCCCAUCAUUUUGGGGGAUUAGUGGGAGCUGUCAGCCAAUUAUCCACUUCCCUGAAGUUUGUUAGUGUUUUCACAGUAACAGCCGAGAAUGUGCUACAUGCCCCAUCAUCAAUGUGCGAGAUAUGUGCCUGGGCUAUAGCGGACUUUAAAAGGCAGAUUUUCUGGAUGACUCCACCCUGCAGCCACUCCAGACAACUCUGCUUGUAAUUUCCAGAUGAUCUUUUCCCCCUCGCUGCUCUGAAAGUCCUGAAACAGGUCCACAAAAUGUGUGAAACGGAACAUGCAAGGCUGCUGCUCCUCUUUAUAAGCAGGGGGUCCGCAUACUCCUCAUCCCGGUCCAGAAGGACUGUGCACUGGCCCCCUGUGCUGCAGCACAGUUCCCAGUGAAGCCUCGUUCAGGUGAUCUUACAGCUACUCACAAUUCCUAUCUAGGGUGGCGUGGACAGAGUGCAUGUUGCUAAGAAGAGCUGGUAACACUGUUGGCCCUGAUGAACACCUGGCAGGUGGAGAAACUGUGAAGAGCCAAGAACAGUACAUGCAGGUAGAAAUCAGACUCGUGUCCACUGGUGGAGACCUGAUAGGACAAGCGCUCAGGAAGAGCUCCACAACACUGCCAAGAGGACUGUGAACCUCUGCUCUUGAGAAGCUGAUGGGGUUGGCAAGGAGCUGUCAAGAGCUGCGACUCUCAGGGCUGAGAGCCACUGGCACCCAAGCCUGGAGCUGCUGACAUCAAGGUGCGUGCUCUUUGCCAAUUCGUGAUUUCCAUUCCAACUGAGCAAAAGAACCCUCAGCCAAUUGGUGACACAUGGACUCUAAACUAUAAGCUAACUAAGCUUCUGUUUAAAAUAAAGUACCCAGUUUCAGGUAUUUUGUUGUAAUACCACAAAUAAACUAAUACGGUUUCUGAUUUA